UUUUUAACAUUGUUGUGAGAAUACUGACUUACUUUAAACUAAUUAGUUUGAACCAAGUCAGAAAUCCUCUUUAACAACUCCCCUGCUUGCUCGGGCGGUCUUGAACGCACCCCUGGAUCACCUGCAGACACCGGGAGUCCGGCGCAAAUGGGCGGCGUUUAAUACCGGACAAGGAAGCCCUUAACGCUGCCAUUCAAGACACAUUUUCUGCCUGUCGGUGAGGCACCGACUCAGACACCAUGUCUACAUUAAUGUUUGACCGCAAAUAGAGAUCGUGGCCGCUGUUUUUUGGAGUAGCGAGGCUCGCCUGUCGGUGGUGAUCCGGCCUGCUGUCCGGGUAAGGAUGCAUGCUAACGCCGACAGCUCCAGGAGAAACUAGGGAGGGAGUCAAAGCGCAGAGCAUCAUCUUCCCCGGCUGGAAACGAGUGUCGAUGCCUUGGCCGAGAUGAGUGUGAAGGCUUUUGAGCUAGUCCCCGCUGUGGAGCGAGAUCUCCUCAUGGGCGACAAGGCUCGCAUCAACAUCGAGUGCAUUGAAUGUUGCGGAAAGCACCUGUACAUGGGUACCAAUGACUGCUUCAUCCACCACUUCCUUCUGGACGAGGUCACAUCCUCCAAAGGGAAAUUGACUUACUCAGCUCAGAAGCUGCUGCACAAAUAUCUGGGCCUUAAGAAACCGGUUGCCGAGCUGCGUGCCGCCUCCGCUUUGGAGCGUCUGAUAGUGCUCUGCGAUGCAAUAGUGUUCCUCGUUGACAUGGUGACACUGGAGACUGUGCCCUCGGCAGCAGGAGGUGGUGCCAAGAUCAGAGGUGUGACGGCGUUCUGCAUUAAUGAGAACCCGGUGAACGGUGACCCGUUCUGUGUGGAAAUGGGCGUGCUCUCCUCCAAGCGGCGGACAGUGCAGAUUUACAUGGUGUAUGAGGACCGAGUGCAGCUGGUCAAAGAGGUGACCACGCCUGAGCAGCCCUGCGCCGUCAGUCUUGAUGGUUACUUCUUGUGCCUGGCCCUCGCUACACAGUACAUGAUUCUGAACUACAACACAGGAGCCUCCCAAGACCUCUUCCCGUACAACAGCGAGGAGAGGAGACCCAUUGUGAAGAGGAUCGGCAGGGAGGAGUUCCUCUUAGCAGCCCCUGGUGGCCUGGGAAUGUUCGCCAACGCAGAAGGAGUAUCUCAGCGGGCUCCAGUCAACUGGUCAGAGAGUGUGAUCGGUGCCGCUGUGUCUUUUCCAUACGUGGUGGCUUUGGACGAGCGCUUCAUCACCAUCCACAGCAUGUUGGACCAACAGCUGAAACAGACCCUUUCAUUCAGGGAUGGGCACAUUCUGCAAGACUUUGAAGGAAAGGUCAUCCUUGCGUCCACGAAGGCAGUCUAUGUCCUGGUACCCCUGCCGCUGGAGAGACAGAUCCAAGACUUACUGGCCAGUCACAGAGUGGAGGAGGCGCUCAUCCUCACCGAGGGAGCACAGAGAAAUAUUCCCAAAGAUAAGUUCCAGAUUUUGCACAAAAGAAUUCUCCAGCAGGCAGGUUUCAUUCAGUUUGGACAGCUUCAGUUUCUAGAAGCAAAAGAGCACUUCAGGAAGGGUCAGCUGGAUGUGCGGGAGCUGAUAUCUCUCUACCCGUUGCUGUUGCCAGCUUCGUCUUCAUUCACACGCUGCCACCCUCCUCUCCACGAGUUUGCCGAUCUCAACCACCUGGCACAGGGCGACCAGGAAAAAGUGCUGCGAUGCAAGAGGUUUCUCAUCAGUUAUUUGGGAGAGGUACGAAGCACAGAGGUGGCCAAUGGCUGCAGAGAGGACGUGGACACUGCACUGUUAAAGCUGUAUGCUGAGCAGGAUCAUGACAGCCUUCUAGACCUGCUAGCAUCAGAAAACGCCUGCCUACUAGCAGACAGCAUCCCAUGGCUGGAGAAAUACCACAAAUAUUUUGCACUCGGGCUGCUGUAUCAUUAUAAUGGUCAGGAUUCAGCAGCACUGCAGUUGUGGAUUCGAGUGGUAGAUGGCGAUCUGCAGGACUCCACGAGAUCUGACCUUUAUGACUACAUUGUGGACUUUCUAAGCUCCUGCUCCAGCCUGGACCUCGUGUGGAAGUAUGCAGACUGGGCCCUGCGGAAGGAUCCCACGAUAGGUGUCCACAUCUUCACAAAGAGGCCUGGCAGUAGAGAUCUAUCAGAAAUGAACCCUGGCGAUGUCAUCACUUACCUGGAAAAGCACAGCCAGGCGCUGCUUCUCUACUUGGAACACCUGGUGCUGGAGAGAAAGACACAGAAAGAAAAGUUCCACACACACCUGGCUGUGUUGUACUUGGAGAAGGUCUUAUCAUUUCUGUCGGAGUCACCGACAGACGAAGAGCGGCUCACCAGAGCAAGAGAGAGGCUGCAAGCCCUGCUCAGGGAGUCCAAUCUAUACCGUGUACAGUAUCUUUUAGGUAAGACGGAGAACUGUGAACAACUGCUGCUAGAGCGUGCAACACUACAUGGAAAACUGGAGGAGCAUGAUAAAGCACUGCACAUAUUGGUGCACAAGCUCAGAGACUUCCCAUCCGCAGAAGCUUACUGUAUAUGGGCCUCAUCGAGUCGGGAUUCUGCUUACCAACAACAGCUCUUUCACCUGCUCUUGGGGGUGUAUCUAGACGGGAACCAGACAGCAGGAGGUGGCAGCGGAGACCUAGAGAUGGCAGCAGUGGACCUCCUCAAUAGGCACGGCGAGGUUUUCGAUGCGGUCCGGGUCCUGCGCAUGCUUCCAGAGGGCUGGUCACUGCAGCUGCUGCGACCCUUCCUGGGUCGAGCUGUCCAGGCCAGCAUGCACGCCUGCCGCACCUCACGGAUCGCUCUGGGGCUGUCCCACUCUGAAAAUCUUCAACUGCUGCAUGACAGGCUGAAAGAACGGAAGAAACCAAUCUUUGUGUCUGACAAAAAGGGAUGCCACCUGUGUCACAACACCUUCAGUGAGCCUAACGUGGUGUGUCUGCCAGGUGGAGUGCCUGUCCACACCCAUUGUGUCGCCCAGAGAGUAAGAGACUCUCCCACGAAGAGACAGUUAACUAAUAGCAGUAACCAUACGUGAGACUUGAUCCUUCAAACUACCAUGUGAUCUGUGAUCAGAGGCACCAAACUAAAAGCAGGACGUGCUGAGUUUUUGGCUGGCUUGAAGACUUGUGGGGGAUAACAAUAAGCACAGAACACCUAUUGCCGUUGUAGAAAUGUGCUAUGGAGUUGAUGAGAAACGCAAAAGAAAGGUUGUGCGAGUGUGUGUGUGUGCGCGCGCGUGUGCGUGUGUGUGCGUGCAAGGAGAAACAGAUGUUAAUUCCUGCGCAGCAAUUAUACCACACUUUCAGACUGCAAGUUAUUAGUAGAGGUGAAAAAAACAACAGCUAAGUCAUCUGGCCCUUUAAUCCAUUUAAACAUACAAUUAAUUAAAGACGAGCUCCUGUGCUUACCUGUGGGUUCAGUGCUGUACCAGUCAUUGUCUUUGCUUGAACAGUUUUAAACCAGAAUUUGAGACUGCUUGAACUACACAACACACAAUAUUUGAAACCUGUUGCAAAUACUUCUUAAGCAUGCAUAGUAUUACCACUCUGGUCUAAUCACCUCAUAUGGGUAUUGUAUUAAUAUUGACCUAACUUGCAUCAGUGCAUUGUUAGGUUUUAAUGUGAAAUGCUACAGACUCAUCAGUGAUGAUGGAGUCUUUUAUGUCUGUCUUUUUGCUCUCUGAGAUCUUGACUCGCUCGAAGGGCAGCGGAUGAUACUUUAUGUUCACACUAUUUCAGCUGGCAACAAUUUGAUCCAAACGCAUUUUAGAUUUUGAUUCAAGGUUAAAGACCUUAUCUCAGCGUGUUCGUCAUACAACUGUUAAACACUAACGAAAUGGUUGCAUUGAUCCACUACUGAUCAGUUACUGCCGUCAUAGAUACAUUUUGUUUUUCUGGGGAAAGGGGUCAUGUAAAGAUUAUUUUCUUCUGGGGUUGCAAGGUGGUAAAUUGUUCUAAACAUAUGAAUAAAUAUCAGCAAUUUCCAAAAGUAUUUUACAAUAUGAUAUAAUUGUAAUUGAGGACUCAGUUAUUUUUUAACAUUUGACCACAAGAUGGCAGUAAUGUAUAAAAUAAACCACAAGUGGAACAUUAUGGAAAUUAUUGGAUGGUAUUCUUUACUGUUAUUCUACUAAAUUCCUGAUUAUAUCUAUAUAUCUAGACCAAUCUAUCUAUAUAUUUAAAUAAUUGGAUGAACAAAACUAUAUGAAGCUGUUUGGAAAAAUCCUCCAAGCUUCAAUUUUAUUCUAGAUGACACCAUAAUUAAUAAUUUAGACGUACUGUGACACAUUUAAGUGGUUGAUGUGGACAUGGACGACCUUGGUAGUGCAUUUUAUUAGCAAAAUGAAUGAAUGAUGGUCAAAGUAAAUGGUUGUUUCACAAAGCAUGAUAAUAACCCUGAAAUCUAAAUGUGAGAAAACAAAACCUAUAUCAUCUGUAGCCCAAGAACUACAUGUGGCAUCUCAGCUUUCAUAACUGCGUUCCCCCCAGGGUGCUGGAGUUAUUGCUUUAACCUUCUCAUCAUGAUACACUUUUCAGAAACGGAAAGUCGGCCAUACUCUAUCACAAUGAAGCCCUGAAGUUCUUUACAGGCUUGUCGUCCCAGACCACGGCUUUGUCCUUUAGUGCUUUCUUAAUGUCGUGUAUGUGUCAGAUAAUAAUAAAGCGCAGCUUGGACCUCCAUAAAUGUUUCUUGUAGACGGACAUAACUAAUUGCAGUGUUUGUGUAGCUAAAUUGUUUGAACAGGUGAGAUCAGGGACAAAUACCUAAAUGUCUGCUGGAAGUGGAAAAAAAAUUCUUCAUGUCAAACUACCGGUACUUCACUUUGAAAAACUGCAUUAGUCGAGGUGGCAGAAGAUGCAUGACUUUCACAACAAAGGAAUGAGCGAAAACCUUGACAGUCUAAAUGUGGUUUAGAAAGGCUGCUGUACACAGAAUACACUAAAUCAUUGUGUACGUUUUUUCACAUUUAACACUCUCUUCCUGGAAAUAUGUCUCUAAUCAAAGAUGCCCAUCCACAUUAAAGGAAUAUUUCAAUGGUUGUAACUUCUCUAUAAUCAGGAGAUGUGAAAAUGAAUACAUACCUUUUACACACUACAAACUCUGUACAAGAUGUUCAUCCAGACUUGUAUAAGAGAAAAUCUGUCAGUAUUCUCUCUAAUCAUGCCUUCAACAACAACAGAAGCAAAAACCAAAACAAAGUGUGUCUCCUCAAUUCUUUCUUUUUAACUCAUUUACAGUUGUCCAACUUUUAAAAAAAAAGACUUCACUGUUGUGUGUUUUUGCUUGUUUCUCUGGUGCCUGUGCUGUUGAUGCAAGCCUUCUGUAAUUGCAACCUAUUUCUGUAGGGAACUCUGCGUAAACAUGGGACUAUUUUUCUAACAUGGGGGAUCUAAAUAUUGUAGAUACUGUAGGCUUGACUCACUAUCCAUGACAGAAAUUCACUGCUUAUGCACAGCAUCUUUUCUGUCUGAACAGUCUAAGUGUAGCUUGCGUAAAAAGGCCUCUUAACCAUAACUUCAAAUAAAAAUAAUACAAUAUACUUGUGUGGGAAAAAAAAAUUCUAUUGUAUUUUAUAAAUAUAUGUAUACUGGUAUGUAUAUACUGCAUUUGUACUUGUUUCUUGCUUUCUAAAUCAAUGCCAAUGUGGAUGGAGUGUACAAACUGUAAAUCCGUCCCACUUUAAUAAACAUGAAACCGUAUCAAUG